GAAUGACCUCAAUACACCUUCACUACCCUCCAUUAUCUUGCAAUUUCGGGCUAUCAUCUGAUCACUAACAUCUGCUUGUGCUAUCGAACGUUUUUCAAUACGAGCCAAAAAUUGUCAGUACAUCUGCCAAACUGGUUUGGCAUCAACACUCCUUCACACGCGUCUUGCGGAUUCCAUGGCUAGCAAUGAUAUUCCAGAUUAUAAAAAACUCUUUCUGGAGGCGGAGAAACAACGGAAACAAGAAGAGGAGCGAUGGAAACAAGCAGAGGAGCGAUGGAAACAAGCAGAGGAGCGACGGAAACAAGCAGAGGAGCGACGGAAACAAGCAGAGGAGCGACGGAAACAAGCAGAGGAGCAACAUAAACAAGAAAAGGAGCGACGGGAACAAGAAGAGAAGCGAUGGAAACAAGCAGAGGAACAAAAUCGACCAAUGACCUUUGGCGAGCUCAUUCGAUAUGGCCACAAAAUCGUCGCUAGAUCAUUGAGAGUCGCAAACCAAUCUCACUGCACUUCAGGGAAAAUAUCAGCACCAAUUGGAAAAAAGUGCCCAGUAAAACUGCACCUGUGGACAGAAUGUCAAUACCAGCAGGAAGAAAUCUAUCACUCUGUUUGUACACAUCUUGGAUCAACAGGGGAUACAGCACGUCGGACUUUUCCACCCCUUGUUGUGCUGGAGUAUGAGGGACAAAAUGUCAAAGAGGGACUGAUAAGCAGUGAAUGGGACCUUGAGAGCUAUGAGCAAUCUGUUGUUGAGAAUCAUGUACAGAACAUAAUUGCAGAGCUUUGCAAGAUACCUACCGCUCGAGAUGAGUUCUGUUUGGGUGAUGGAGUCCAGUUCAACAGCCAUGCCAAUAGCCUUGAUUUACAGACAAACCAACCAUCAAGAUCCAGGUCUUCCAGGCCUGAUCAGUAUUGCAUACACCGCAUUGACGAUGGUACUAGCGCACUUCUUACCACAGUUGAGUACAAGCCUCCACACAAGCUACCUGUUGAGAGCCUUCACAGAGGUCUUAAAUCAAUGGACUUCUGGGAACAGGUAGUCAAGGCUCACAGCGUCCCUAAUACUGAGGAUGAGAAAGCUGAAAGGAUUGUUGGGUCAGUGAUCACCCAAGAGUACCAUGUGAUGAUCCAGGAAGGACUCGAAUAUUCAUAUGUGACUAAUGGACUUGCAUUGAUCCUUCUGCGGGUCCCCUAUGACGACCCAGGCACUCUGUAUUACCAUCUCUGUGAACCGAAUUUAGAAGUGAACUCAGAAGAUGAUCAGAGUUUUCUGCAGCCAGCAACAGCUAUCGCUCGGGUAUUGUGUCUCUGUCUGAUGAGUUUUCGCUCAUGUCUUCGUAGCCAACAGUGGCGAAAUGAAGCAGAGGCACAGCUCCCAACCUGGAAGUCUAGCUUUGAUGACACUCAGUCUCCAGUCUCUGAAGCUGAAUCACUACGAAAUACCCUGAAUUCAAAGGACCCUUAUUCUAGCCCCAAGUCCACCACAUCUGAGUAUCAGCCACCGUCGUCAUCCUCAGUGGAGUCCCCCACUGUUAAGGGACGCCGAGCGCCAACCCAGUCUCAGCCUGGCUGUUCACCUUCUACUACAACAUAUUAUAAUGAAUCUUCAGAUCCUGAUUUGGAUUUUGAAGCUUCAGGUCAAAAAGGUCAAAAACAUGGUCUCAGCGAGAUCAGUUCAUCGCCGGUCCAACGAACGGUACGCUGGGCGGGUUCGCAACAUACUUCACAGUCAGACGGUCGACAUAGGCAGCAUGACGCAGACUUUUGUACACAGCGCUGUCUAUUGGGCCUGCAGCUGGGUGGUCAGCUCGAUGAUGACUGCCUGAAUGUGUUGCUCCAUAAACAGAGUGAAGACAGUAGGCUGCAUGCCAUUGAUUUGACAACUUUGGUGCGGUAUGUGAAGAAACAAUUGGAUAAAAACAUUGACCGCAACUGCACGCCAAUGGGAAGCUGUGGAGCAUCAGGAGCGCCAUUCAAGGUCACCUGUGCUGCAUAUGGGUACACCGUUGUUGGAAAAGGCACAACCUCCUGCCGGUGGCCGGAACUCUUGCGCGAAGCUGAGGUUUAUCGUGUCCUGCAGCAGGCUCAGGGUUCUGCAGUUCCUGUUUUCCUGGGAGCAAUUGACCUGAAGAAGACCUACUUCCUCCAUGGGGCUGGGGCAAUUCGGCAUAUGCUACUUAUGGGGUGGGGUGGGAAGCCUAUCAGCAGUAUCGAGAAUAUGCCUUCUUGUCCAGAAUUCAAUGGGGAAGAGUUGAAUCGUGAAAUCUCGAGAUCUGUAAAGAAGAUCCGCUCUCUUGGAGUUUUGCAUGAGGACCUUCAACUGGAUAAUAUUCUAUGGAACACUGAGCUGCGACGGGCACUGAUUAUUGAUUUUCAUUGGGCUAAAUUGGAUCGUCGACCGAAGAGAAAGCGGAUGCCUUUGUGUGGGGCAGAGACACGGCCACUAAAAUGACUUCAUACCAUUUGCUAAUAAGAUUUGUACAUUAUCGGAGCAUUCAUUUGAGAAGAUUUGUUCCUGGAGUGUUGUGAACCGGAGUUUUUUGACAUGGGAUUCAUUAUUUCUUUUUACGACGACUGGCGCUUUGGAACACAAGUUGAUAGAGGCCGUAACCUAAUUUAGUGAAUUAUUAUCAAAGAGUCCU